AUGUCAGCAAGCUUCGCAAUUCUGGACAAAAGCCAGAGCAUUGAUCGCACCCAGUUUCGGGAUGAUGGGGUGGUGCCAACUGUUUGCACAACAUCCUCGUUGUGGGUCUUUGCUCUUGGCCGUGAGCUGAAAGCUGCUGAGAUUGCUUGCCUUUUCGGCCACAAGGGCACACCUUUCGGUGGGCAGACCGAAGCAGGCAUUGUUGAGAAGGAAGAGCGGGAUCGCAAGGUAAUUGGCUUGAGCGCUGCCAACAAGUGCAUCAUUUUGUCAGAAAUGGUGGGUGGCAUGGCCACUGAAAUGGGUAAUGCUGACAACGAAGAAGCUGCCAUUGUCAAGAACAAGGACACAACCACUCGAUACAGCCAACUUGGGAAGAAGCUGAAGAACAUGCCGGACCUCAGGGAUGCCAUGGAUCCUGGUCUGAAUGUGCCUGCCUGCGACCUUGUCUACAUCGUCCGAAUUCUUCUUCUUGAAAAAGCUGUUGGCUUGCGAAAGGCAUUGACACAACACAGGACCGGAGUCCAAAGGUAUGACCUCGGCAAGGUGCUCAAGGCGAUCUUGGUGAGACGAGACUACAUCACACACUUGAAGGGAAUUUUUCCAAAAAUGUCUGACUACUUGACGGACUAUGGCACUUUUGCUUGGUUCACUACGACAUACAGUGUGGAUGAGUUUGGCAACAGCUUGGGCAACAAGGCCCCCAUGGACGACGAUGAGGAUGAAGAUGCAGCCGAGAAAGCUCCUCACGGUGAAGAGCCUGAUGAACAGCUCAAGACCAUUUUGGCCGAGAUCACAGGGAAAUAUGAAAAAGAUUUCCCACAGCCAACAGAGAGCACUGAUGUCCACAAGACCACUCACCAAGACUUGGAAGUCAUCAGAACGGCCCGUGUCGCCGACCGGUCUGAAUACGACAUGGAAUUGGCCAACUACCUCAAAAAGCUUGAGGAAAACGAACGGGACCAAGUGAAGGAAUAUAUCCUUCAUCGGGUGGCUUUUGUGGUCAGCGAGCUGGACAAUGACCUGCCGGCCAAAAUCUGCAAGCAGAAUUUGGCCAGGGAAGCAAAGCGCAAGCUUUGCGUCUACAAUGUUGAGUGUGAUGGGUGCACUUCAUGGUCCCAAGUGAAGCAGCGGCGGCUCAACCCCUUUGGUGGAGUUGGCCCUGGUGUUUCAAAGAGUCGGCUUGUGGAUGCUUUGAAGGUCCGGUCGGCUUUGGACGUGAUGAAGCAAGAGUUGACCAAGCUCACCGGCGCCAAGAAGCACACCAUGGUUGUUGGCCAGAUCGAGCCAAGUGCAUCGGAUAGCUUGCAGCGCUUCAAGAGGGGCCGCAAAGCUUUUGGCUCUCGCGUUGAAAGCAGGUUCGUUGCAACGUCGGUCCAGGGUAUUGCCAACGCCAAGUGUGGGGCGAUGACAUACCUGGAAGGCGACACGUUUUUCAAUCGCUGGCCGGUCAAGUUGAUUCCAGUGAGCGACCUGAAACAGCUCGAAGAGCAAGCGUAUGAAAAAAUGUGGGAAUCAGACGUUACGGCUGACCGUGAGAUGGCCGAAGAUGGAGCGGAUGAUGGUGGCAUGGACAUUUCGAUUGAUGAGAGCAAGGUAAUUCCCUACCCGCACGAACAUCACUGGACGUUGUGCCAAGAGUUCCUCGAGGUGUUCGGAGGGGCCAGUGGGACUACUUUGAUCGACCUGUCGGUGGGCUCUGGGGCCAAGCUUCUUGGCGUUCUCCUUUCCAACGGUCGCGCUGUUGGAGUUGUGAGGUCCCAGAACCACCGCAAAUGGGUGAUGCAGAACCUGGUUGACUGGGUCAAGCAAAAGCGGCUGGUGAACGUUACAUCGCUGCCCAAACCUCAGGUUUUGCUUGACUUUGAGAAGACCCAUGGUGUCAGCCCGGCUCCAAAGCCCGUGGCAAAGCCGAAGCCUGCUCCGUCCCCGCCGAUUCCAUCACCGGCCUCGUCAGCAUCAGAGACUCCGGCUGGCACGGCCUCGCCAGCACCACCUGUGAGUGGCAAGAACCUCUUGGCCGCCUUUGGAAAGGCUUCGGGAUGA